AUAUUUGCAUGCAACAUUUCAGUUUGUAAACAAGCAUCCAGAGGUUAUUUCAUUUGAAGUUUACCUCGCGUAGGAAUAUAACACCUUGCAGCCGACAUUAGCAGUCUUUUCCGUUUAGCAAACGCGGAGUGAAUCAUGUCCGUACCCAGUACAAGGAAUGAAGAGUGGGAAAAAAAUGGCCCGGCUUCAGACAUCGACUCAAAACCCUACGAGGGCACAGUUCGAAUGGACCCUGAUGGUGUCAUUGACUCGAACUGGGAAGAAGUUGUGGACAACUUUGAUGACAUGAGCUUAAAAGAAGAAUUAUUGAGAGGUAUCUACGCUUAUGGUUUCGAGAAGCCCUCUGCUAUUCAGCAAAGAGCCAUCAUUCCAUGCAUCAAGGGUCACGAUGUGAUUGCCCAGGCACAGUCAGGUACUGGCAAAACUGCAACCUUCUCUAUCUCAAUCUUGCAACAAAUCGACACCAAUCUCCGCGAGUGUCAAGCCUUGAUUUUGGCCCCAACCAGAGAAUUGGCCCAACAAAUCCAGAAGGUCGUAAUCGCCCUCGGUGAUUUCAUGUCAGCCCAGUGCCAUGCUUGCAUCGGUGGUACCAAUGUUAGAGAGGACAUGCGAAAAUUGGAAACUGGCGUCCAUGUGGUCGUUGGCACUCCCGGCAGAGUGUUCGACAUGAUUACGAGACACGCCCUCCGCACCACCCACAUCAAAAUGUUUGUUCUGGAUGAAGCCGAUGAGAUGUUGUCUCGAGGUUUCAAGGAACAGAUCCACGAUGUGUUCAGAACCCUUAACUCAGAAGUGCAGGUUAUUUUGUUGUCUGCCACAAUGCCACAAGAUGUCAUGGAAGUGACUCAAUCAUUCAUGAGAAAUCCAAUUAAGAUUUUGGUCAAAAAGGAGGAACUCACCCUUGAAGGUAUCAAACAAUUCUAUGUGUUUGUGGAAAAAGAAGAGUGGAAAUUGGAAACUUUGUGCGAUUUGUACGACACUCUCUCCAUCACCCAGGCCGUUAUUUUCUGUAACACGCGCCGCAAGGUCGACUGGCUCACCGAGAACAUGCACAAGCGGGACUUUACUGUUUCGGCGAUGCACGGAGAUAUGGAACAAAGGGAGCGUGACGUGAUCAUGAGGCAAUUCAGGACCGGAUCGUCCCGUGUCCUCAUCACCACAGAUUUGUUGGCCAGAGGUAUCGACGUCCAGCAGGUUUCGUUAGUUAUUAAUUAUGACUUGCCAUCCAACCGGGAGAAUUAUAUUCAUAGGAUUGGACGUGGCGGUCGAUUCGGUCGUAAAGGUGUAGCAAUAAACUUCGUGACGGAUGAUGACAAGCGCGCGCUAAGUGACAUUGAACAUUUUUAUAACACAAAGAUCGAGGAAAUGCCUAUGAAUGUUGCCGACCUGAUCUAAUAGAGCGUGGUGGGUGCGUGUGAGCCGGACGCUUCGAAGGCGUUCUCGACCUAGAGUUGGUGUGAGUAUUAAGAGUGCCACUGGUCUCCUAUCGGUGUCUUCUAAAUGCGAAUUCUGUGCGCCCAUUAAGUUACUUUAGGUUGGCGCCGCGUGAGUGUGUCGACUCACAAUACGUUAUCCAAAACAGCAAACAAAUUUAACCAUAAACUAUUCUGUGUGUAUUUUAUAUAUAAAUAUUUAUCAUUUUUUUUUUUUUACCAUAAUUUUGAUUCGGUUGGUUAACCCUCAUUAAUUAAUAUCUGUAUUUACGGCAUAGAUUUAGUUGUGUAUCCAAUAUUGUAGUUAGUGAUAUUUAUAAUUCAGGAGGCGUGUUACUGUUUGGAGGGCCGGAGCGGGCUCCAGGAAGGCCGGCCCUUUCUUUGGGGCCCCUUACGGCCGCCGCGAAAUGCCUCCCACCAGUACGUUCGUCUCUACAGGGGUUUAGUUGGAUUCUGGAAAGGUUAUUAUAUUUAUAAGAGGUCUCGAAGGAAAUUCCUCACUCCCUCUCCACCUAUUUUUAUUUACUACUUUUUUGACUUUUUUGACUUUUGUAUAUUUAAAUAUUAACUAAUAAAAAGUGGUAAAUUAUAAUAUUGACGGCUUUUUCUUUUAUAUAAAGUCUACUAGUGUGUGUGUGCGUCUAUUAUUUGAAGUAGAAGUUGAAGCAACAAGGCUAUUGUAAAGACUGAAACGUUUAUUCCUCCCGUCACUACAAAUUUUCACACCUCUCCAAGAACCCAAACCCUGUAUUGAGAACUGAGGUGAUUCAUACACAUUACACCACCAGUCACUUGCUGCGGAAACAUUGUAUGUUGAGAUGUUCAGAUGUUCAGACGUCACCUUGUCGUUCUUUGAUAUGUGGGGGUUCAGUUGGAAAGGUCAAUUUAGAACAAUUAGUUUUAGUUUAAUUUUGUUUUUCUCCGACUCGGAAGUUAAAUGAAUAAUUUUAGAUUUAUAUUAUUAUUUUUAUAAUAAAAUGAUGAAAUAACGAAAAAUGAAAAAGUUGUUUACGGUGUAAUGUAUAUGACCCACUAUAUAUGAGCUGCAUUGUCGGAUUUUAGUUUGACUUUGUUAUUAAUUUUCCAGGCAGCAUCAUACAAUUACAAUCAACUAUCAGCAAAUCUGUGGGCACCAUAAAAAUGAUGGAAAUAAAGAUCUUUAUUCCAUUUUAA